AUGGAAGCAGAUCAUUCGCAGUGGCACAGCAGUUUCAGAAGAUACCCGUAUUGCUUCAGCAAUAGAGACGCUUUGCUGCUACUCCACAAGAUAAAGUUGCAGACCCCUCCCUGGUGUGUGGAGGUUGUGGGCGUGUUUGUCGUGCCCGCAUUGGCCUUCACUCGUAUCAGAAGGCUUGUCAAAGGAGAUGAGGACGCCAUGGACGACGACGGUCAAGUACGUCUCGUGAACGGUACCAAUGAACUACAAGGUCAAGUGGAGGUACGCCUAUCCGUGAACAACGAGACACAGUGGGGAACAGUCUGCGGCGAUAGCUGGGGUAUCAACGAUGCUACGGUUGUCUGUUCGCAGCUGGGCUACGGUAAGGCUGAAUCAGCAUAUACUGGUCAAGGCAACGGAGACGUAGCGUUGGAUGGCGUCUCAUGUGCAGGGUUAGAGAACAGCUUACUGGAAUGUCCACGGAACGCUUACCUGAAUUGUAACCAGUUAACUACCGCCUGGGUUACCUGUGCACUCCCAGACCAAUAUGACUUACGGUUGCGGUUCGGUAAAACCGAUCUAGAGGGUCGAGUGGAGGUAUACGAAAACAGUACUUGGGCAACAGUCUGCGAUAAUUGGUGGGGCAGUACAGAAGCUACCGUGGCGUGUUGGCAGCUAGGUUACGGCAAGGCUACCGCAGCCCCUCGACGGUCGUUCUUUGGCCAGGACACCGGGGAUAUAGUUUUUGGCACUGUUUACUGCCAAGGAACAGAAAACAGCUUACAUGCCUGCCAACGUAGCAGCGAAUACUGUUCUCACUUUGAACAAGCUGGGGUUGUUUGUAGUCAACCAGAUGUUUACGACAUACGGCUUAUCAAUGGUAGCCACUGGAGGGAAGGCCGCGUAGAGGUUUAUGUCAAGGGUCAUUGGGGCACGGUUUGUGAUCAUAGUUGGGAUUUGCGUGAUGCCAUCGUGGUGUGUCGGCAGUUAGGCUUUAAAAGUGCUACUGCAGCCCCAGGGUCGGCAUAUUUCGGUCAGGGCAGCGGGGACAUCGUCCUGGAUAAAGUUGCCUGUGAUGGAACGGAGAGCAGCUUACAAUACUGCCCCUGGUACGGCGAUACCUUCUCCUGUCUACAUGACCAAGAUGCUGGCGUUGUCUGUAGUAAUGCCGAUUUACCAGAGAAAUAUGACGUACGUCUCAGGGGCGGAGACAGCGAUCUAGAGGGUCGUGUGGAGGUGUACAUCAUCGGUGCAUGGGCAACAGUCUGUGAUCAUGGAUGGGACAUCACUGAUGCUACAGUUGUGUGUCAACAGCUGGGUCAUACCGGUGCGCUCUCGGCCAAUAGCUCGGCGGCGUUUGGCCAGGGCACCGGGAAUAUAGUUUUCGAUAAAGUAGCUUGCAAAGGCACGGAAAACCGCUUACAUGACUGCCCGUUAGACACCACUAACAACUGUUCCCACUCUCAAGAUGCCGGAGUCGUCUGCAAGCCACCAGAACUUUAUGACUUACGUCUAAUGAGUGGUAGCAACGCCAUGGAAGGCCGGGUGGAGAUGUACAAAGACGAUUCUUGGGAAACAGUCUGCGACUAUGAUUGGACCAUCACAGAUGCUACAGUUGCGUGUUGGCAGCUUGGUUACACUAAGGCUAUCUCAGCCCAUAAAUCAGCUUAUUUUGGCCAGGGCAGCGGGGAGCUAGCUCGGACGAUCGGAUGGGAAUGCACAGGGGCUGAAAGCACUUUAGAAGACUGUACGAUGAGUAUGUAUUGGCCUCCUUGCCGUCAUUCUGAAGACGUUGGCGUCGUCUGCGGUGUAGAGGAAUUUGCAGAAAAGGGUUCUUUGCGACUUAUGGAUGGGACAACACAGUACGGAGGGCGUGUGGAAAUAUAUCUCAACGGUAGAUGGGGGACAAUUUAUCAUAACGCUUGGCAGUUCGAGGAGGUUGACGUCGUCUGCAAACAACUUGGUUAUGGACAUGCAACAUCAUUUAAUCGGGAUUACACCAAAAUGGGGACUGGUGCCAUUUUGAUUUUCUCUGUUCUCUGCAAUGGGAAAGAGAGUAGGUUGACAGACUGCAGAUACAGAUCGGCAGAUCCUUUACGCUGUACCCACAUAGGAGAUGCAGGAGUAACAUGCUCUGCACCCGAAAGUGGUAUCGCCGCAGACCUUCCCCCGAUGAACAGGUAUCUCAUGCUUCCUCUGUUAACUUUCUGA